UUUGAAGAUGAUUUUCAUUUCAAAAUGAUCAGGAAAUUCAAUUUUUCUUGCUCUUGGUUUCGUGAAUACUUAUGAACACUACUUGCAUUUAAGGAACUGGUGAAGUAUCAUUGGCCAACAUGACAAUUUUAAAAUUACUGAUUUUCUGUUUAAUUUUGCUACCCCCGGAAGGAUCUGGAGAGAGGGUGAAGAACCUAAUGUAUGAAAAUAUCAAGUCAACAUCUGGUUGUUACAGACGUCUCAACAGCACACAUCAAAUCGGGUGUUCUUCAAAAAAUGGUGGUUCAACAGGAAUCAUACAUGUCUGCAAAACCCACAAGGAUCUCACUUUCAUUCUUGAAGAAGGAAAAGGUAAAACUUACAUCCCCUUAUUACCAGCAAAACUAUUUAAUGUGGACACAUUAAAUGAAAUGAUUGAGAGCAAGAGAGUGUCUGGUGUGAUGCUGUACAUUCACAAUGUCACUUUGGAAUCCCUUGGCCAUUUCACUCAUGAAAGACAGUGCCCAAAUCCUUACACUAGCUUAAAUGGGUCUUGUAAAAAUGAUUCAGAGUGGAACCCAUAUGGCACAGGACUGCUUUAUGCUGAUAUUCCUUUUCCAAUAUUUUAUACAGAUGAUGAACAGGAAAUAAUCAAAAUGACUGCUUGUUUUGAACAGUACAAUAAUUUCUCUUUUGAGAGACAGGCUGAGAGGUCUUUAUGUUCUUUGGAGAUGAAAUCUUUCAUGCCUGCCACUACAAACACAGUCACUUGCCAAAGGCGUUCUCAUGUUAUCUCAAGCACUGUUACAUUUUGUGAUCCAUUGGGUGAUAAAAACUUGUGGGUAAGUCUGUAUCCCUUAGUAGAUGGCCCAAAUAAAAAUGAAAUGAAACCUGUUGUUGACAACAAGUACAUAGUAAUAGCAGCUAAGCUAGACACCACUUCUAUGUUUGAUAAAAUGCCUGGGGCUAAUAGUCCUGCAACUGGAAUUGUCACACUCUUAAUGGUUGCUAAAUAUCUCAAAGAUAUACUGACAAUAAACAUGCUGAGAGAGGCUAAAACAAAUGUUUUGUUUAUUUUGUUCAAUGGUGAAAGCUAUGAUUACAUUGGUUCUCAAAGAAUUCUCUAUGAUAUGUUGAAAGGUGAUUUUCCUAUGAAAAAUUCAGAUGUUCUGCCAAAAAUUCAUCCAGAUAAUGUAAGUCUGUUUAUAGAGCUCAGUCAAUUGGGCAACAGUAAGGAAAAUCAACUGUUUGUGCAUUAUUGGAAUGAAAGUAAGGAGAUAAGAAGUUUUUAUAAAAAACUUGAGAAAAAUGGCCAACCACACCUGUAUUUCCAAAAUGUUUCUGGCACUAAUGGCCUUCCACCUGCUUCUUUGCAUACUUUCUUGAAAAGUGAUCCAUCUUUUCCUGGUCUCAUAAUAGCAGAUCAUGAAUCAAGCUAUUCAAACCAUUUCUACAAUUCCCUAUUUGAUAAUUCUACCAAUAUAGCAUACAGAUACUAUGACACAUUGCUACCUGAAUAUAUUCCAAAGAACAGUUUUCAGCAGUUCAUUGCAAAUAUGUCAGAGGCUAUAGGGAAAAGUGUUUUUGAAGAGAUCACUAAAAAGAAGUACACUGGGAAUGCAUCAAGUGAUGUAGUAUUGGCUGAUGAGUUAUUAUACUGUUAUCUAGAGAAUCCAAAUUGUAGAGUGCUCACGGCCACUCAACAAGAUGUGAUAUUGGAUGAUAGACCCUUGAAUUUUUAUAUUGGAAUCAAUGGUGUAUCAAAUUUUGCAAGAACUGUAACUACGCUAGCUCUAGGCUGGUUAACUGGAGAUGUAAUCGGCAAGAGCAAUGGGAAUUGUACUAAUAUACCAAAAAAUCAUGUCUUCCAGUAUUAUAACAUGUCCAGUAGCAUAUAUGAGCUUGAUUCUACAGUAUGCUACAGAUUAUCCAUACAUACAACAGAUGCUGUUAGUCCUGCUUUUAUCAUACCAGAUUAUGAUUGGGCCUCAGGUGAAUUCAGUUCAUGGACUGAAUCAAGGUGGUAUGAGAUGAGUGCAAGGUUGUUUUUGAAACCGUCCGCUGCUCACGAACAAAUUACCAUAGUUUUGGGCCUCCUUUCUCUGGUAUUUUCGUCCAGCGUUGUAUAUUUCGUAAAAUCCAAAUCCCACCUACUGUUUACCCCAAUUGCAUCUGCUGAGGGUUUACCAAAUUGUUAAGAUUUUUACGUGUUAAGUUUCAAUGAUUGACUUUUUUGGGAACGUCUCG